CAAAACGUCGACUGUACUCUUUUCCAUAGAUUCUGCCUGGCCUGCUGAGUUCCUCCAGCAUUUUGAGUGUGUAGCUUGGAUUUCCAGCAUCUACAGACUUCCUCUUGUUAUCCGUGGCAUUCUGAAGCGUCUCCAUCCUUGGAUCUUGUUUUAAUACCCUGCCCUUGAACAUUAAUGUAAUGGAUGCGUGAACUCGCCGCUGUGUCAUCUUCCGUGGGGAAUUGUGCAGCGCGGGCCCUUUAAACGGUGGUUGGGCUCCUCGCCCAGCCAGUCAAUUCUCUUUUACAGACGUAAAUUGCCGGCCCUGGCGGUUCCCAUGGUUUCUGGGAUCACGUGCUCCUGACAGUCGGUGAUCGGGGAGGUUCCUCUGGAAAAUGCUGCCAAUUAUUCUGUGCCAUUGAAAACGGGCGAGGAACAGAGGGGGGAAGUACAAUGACACUUCAAUUCAGCAGGGCGGCAUUUCCUGGGACCUCUGAGAGUUUGCAUGUGUCCGUGUGAUCAGGAGAGUUUGUCAGGAAUAAGUUGGCGUGGCGUUCUUCUGCAGGCGCUGUAAUUCUGUUGUGAUUUCCUCGGCACAUCACGGCGCAGGAAUGAGUAUUAACAUCCCCGCUGGGUUGACGGACUUGCUGCAAAGCUUCACCGUGGAGGUGCUUCGGAAGCAGCCGGACGAUCUGAUCGGCUUCGCCGUGCAGUAUUUCAGCAGGCUGCAGGCGAGCCGUGGGGUGUCUGUCGGCAGCGCCGCUGGACGAGCCCCCAAGACGGUUAACUUUGCCGAGGAGCCCAUGCAAACCGAUUCUGAGAACGACGACGAGGACGAAGACGACAUCGAUGAGUUGGAGGUUCCAAUCAAAAACAGAUUAACUCGACGACCGUCUGUAUGUGCGGAGCCUUUCAAUCCUGAUGAGGAAGAGGAAGAUGUGGAACCACGGGUUAUUCAUCCAAAAACCGAUGAGCAAAGGAGAAGAUUGCAAGAUGCCUGUAAAGACAUUCUGCUGUUCAAAAACUUAGACCAGGAACAAAUGUUUCAGCUAUUGGAUGCCAUGUUUGAAAGAUUUGUUGAAGUGGGGGAACACGUGAUUGAUCAAGGAGAUGAUGGUGAUAACUUCUAUGUAAUUGAAAGGGGAAAAUAUGAUAUAUUUGUAAGUGUGGAUGGCAUGCAAAAGUGUGUUGGGACCUAUGAGAACCAUGGUAGCUUCGGUGAGCUAGCAUUAAUGUAUAAUACACCCAGAGCGGCAACCAUUAUUGCUACCUCCAAUGGAGCACUAUGGGGCUUGGACAGGACCACAUUUCGUAGAAUUAUUUUGAAGAACAAUGCCAGGAAACGGAAAUUAUAUGAAGAAUUUGUCAAAUCAUUGCCACUUCUAAAGUCACUAGAAUUGGGGGAAAGGUUGAAAGUAGUUGAUGUAUUUGGCACCAAAACGUACAACGAUGGAGAACGCAUAAUUGCUCAGGGAGACAAAGCGGAUAGCUUUUAUAUUGUAGAAUCUGGAGAAGUCCGGAUUACUAUGAAGCACAAGUCUAAACCUGAGGCAGAUGAUGGAGUGGAAAUAGCACGUUGUUCAAGGGGACAGUAUUUUGGAGAACUUGCUUUGGUAGCAAAUCAACCACGUGCAGCCUCUGCAUUUGCUGCGGGAAGCGUGAAAUGUCUAGUUAUGGAUGUUCAAGCAUUUGAGAGACUGCUCGGUCCCUGUAUGGAAAUUAUGAAAAGGAAUAUUGCAAAUUAUGAGGAGCAACUGGUGAAUCUUUUUGGAACAAAUAUGGAUCUAGCUGAUCGCAGCGCAUGAAAACAGAAUCACAGAGGUCUCAAUACAUCACUGUGGAAACUGAUUUUACCACUGAAAGUGCAUUUGAAUUGUGUAGAAGCAAACAAUUUUUAUAAUGAUUCUAUUUAUUUCAAACCAAAAAUGGAAAUUAUUCUUUUGCGGUUUAGGAAUAAUCCAGAGUAGUAGCCUUUACUGCUUUUUAUCUUGCUCUCCAGAGUAAACAAGUCAUUAAAUAAUGGAAACAUUCUGAAAUAUAUUAGUCAUAUCUGAAAUGGAUAGUUCAACCAAAUAGUUGUUCAGCAGAGUGUCUGUAAUGAUCAAAGUACACAAUCUUUGGAUUUUAACAGUGUUUUAGUACAAUUUAAGCUGUCAAAUAACAAUUUACAAUUAUGGUCUUGUAUUGAGAUACAUCAUUAAAUACACAACAUGUAAAUAGGAAAGUAGAAUUAAUUUCAUUUCUAUGCAGUUUUGCAUCAUAACAUUAAAUUUUCAUUCAAAAGUGAGAUAAUUGGUGAACACAAUUGAUUUUCAGCUAUUUCAUUCUGAUGAAUUAGCAUAGAAUGAAAAUUACAAAACUAUUAGAACUUGUUCAAAUAAAACUAUAUAUUGGGAAGUCCAAAAAAAGUAUAUCUGGUGAAGUGAAAGUUUAAAAAAAGUAUUUAUUUCUAAACUUAUUUUUACAGUAAAGUAACUGAUAUAGUUUUAAACUGCAAUUUUAAGUCUCCCACUAUAUAUCUUGGACUUUUUAGAACAACAAUCAUGAUGUGUUUUGAAGCUGAUUUUAUUAUGAAAAUUGAAAUGACAUGAGAGAAGCAAUUCCAUUAUUUUGGAAUAUACAGGUAAUUACCAAAGGCUCCCUUCAGAACUUCAAACCGUUUAGACUGUGGCUUUAAUUAGUAUGCAGGGCAACGUCACUGCACUGAGGACAGACAAGGAGUUGGAAGGGAUGUGCAUAUUUCAUUAAGAGCGAUGAUUCUGUUAUCUGUUUUUACAUCAUGUAGUGAAUAUUAUUCCAUUAGAUCUAUUUCAGUCCAAUUAUUUAUCUCUCUAAUUCACAAUUUCUGUUUUAAUAUGGAUGUUGCAUUGAAUUGAAAGGGAUAUUGAGAACAAAAAUAAUAAUUUCACUCUGGUUCUGUAUCCAGAAUAUUUUAUCUGACUUAAAUCAUCAUGGUUGUGCAUUACAUGGUAGCCAGAUACUAAAGACUGUUGAUUAAUCAAAUGAUUCUCCCUAGUGAACAAUGUUCAUCCCACAUGUUGUCCUGUAAUAGGAUUAUAGUCCUUUUUAAAAAAAAAUCUACUUUUGGAUUAUUACUGUUUUCUUAAGUAUAUCUAGUCAUUUUUAGAAGAUGUAUAUGCACCUAAUAAAAUAUGAAUUUAUUUAAGAAAUUAUUUUGUAAAUUUUUUGAAGUGGAACCUGUAUGGAGGGCAGAAGCAAAAAUUAUUUUCAAUUCUUAUUUUCAGCUAAGAAUUAUGGCAAAGGAAGUAAAGUUGAGUGAUUUUGGAUUUUUGUGGUGUUGCUCACUGCUAUUCCUGACUCUGGUCUGAUCAAUUAGGAAUUAGCGCAAAUAAUCUUCUCUCUGAAUUUUAGAAUUUAAACGACUAAAAUUGUUAGAUUGUUCUAUCACUCCAGGAGCAGAAGAUGAACAGAACUGCUGUAAAAUCCGUGGCUGAAUAUAACCUGCUCCUAGGACUGGAAUAACUCUUUUUAAUGCCUUAUCUGGAACACCUAAACUAUUCAAGCACUUUAUCAAGUGAGGGUAACUUGGAUUAUAAGAACUCUUUCAGCAACUGGUUCAAGCUUUAAGAUUGAGUGUGGCUUUGGGGAAAUCUUGCACAAUGCCAAAGGGUGGUCUUUUUUUCUGGUCAAGAUGACACCAAAGAACAAUGAUUCCUCGGGCAACAUCUUCAAGAUAGCCAAUCUGUUCAAUUAGUUGAAAUUUUCUGUGCCUUCUGUUUGUUCUUUUUGUCUUCUCUUAUGGAAACCAUUGGAGCCUGUGACAUACAGUUUGGAACUUGAUUGAAGGAUCUAGGGCUCUACUGUGCUGUGUCCGGAGAGCUGCCUUGAGGAGAAGAUCAGAGAUGGGGACCUGAAAAGGACUGAGAACAUGAGCUGAUGCGUGGAGAAGACCAAUGACGGUGCAUGGGGUCAUGAAUGGCUCCAUCUCAAGCGGCAAGGAAAAUUGAAGCAUCGAGAUGAAUGUGGAUGGGUCAGUAAUCACUUUCAACGGAGACCACCGGCGCAGCAGCUAGGUUGGCGGCAUUCAGAUCUGAUGUGGCGGUCACCCUUUACGGAAGAACUGAGUUCAUGCAGCCGCUCUCCUCUCCUGACAGAAAGAUGUUUUUGAUAUUCUGAGACUCGUAUGAUUGUUGAACUGUAUGUUAUAUUAGUUUGCUUCAGUUUUCGGUGUUUUCUUUCUUUUGGCGGGUGGGUGAUCUGUUAAUUUUUUGUUUAUGUGGGGGUUGAGGGAUUAGUUGCUAUUGUCGCUGCUCUUUUUUGCAAGUGAGUGGGUUGGGGACUUAUUGUUGCUGCUUUUUUCUGUGCGUGAGGGUGUGGUGGAUUUGAUGCUAUUGUUACUGCUUUUUCUAUGGGGAAGGGGUGGAGGAUUUUUGAGGUUUGUAAGUUUUGUUUCUUUUUCGUUUUGAUGGGAAGGGUGUUGCUGUCUUUUAUUUCAACUGUUCCCCACGUCCUUCUGUUAUUUCAUGGCUAUCUGGAGAAGACUAAUAUCAGAGUUGUAAAUGCAUACUUCGACAAUAAAACAAACAUUUCACUUUGA